AUGGAAAAACGUGUAGUAGUUGGCAGGGUUCGGCCUACCUGGGCCAGGAACCUUCCAGAAGCAAGAGAAGAUGACGAUAAGAGUGAACAAGGCAUUGCAGUGAUGCCACAUAGUGAACCGCCGUCACCAACGGACACAUGGGAACAGCACAAUAAGCAAGACGACAAAUACGAUGUAUUUGGAAAAGUUAUGCUACUAGGUGAUAGUGGUGUUGGCAAGACCUGCAUGCUAGUUCGCUUCCGUGAUGGCACGUUCUUGGCAGGAAACUACAUAUCUACAGUCGGCAUUGAUUUCCGGAAUAAGAUAGUAACAGUGGACGGCUUAAAGGUGAAGCUUCAGAUUUGGGACACGGCCGGACAAGAGCGCUUUCGUAGCGUGACACAUGCAUAUUACCGAGACGCGCAUGCGCUCCUCCUCCUGUAUGACGUGACCAACAAAAUCAGCUUUGACAACAUACGUGCUUGGCUUGGGGAGAUUCGAGAGUAUGCUCAAGACGACGUAGUCAUUAUGCUCCUAGGUAAUAAGUCCGACAGCGGCUUAGAGAGAGCGGUGAGGCGGGAGGAGGGCCAACGCUUAGCGAGGGAAUACCAAGUAGCGUUUAUGGAGACAUCAGCUAAAACCGGACUGAACGUUGAAGCCGCCUUUGCUCACGUUGCCCGCUCUCUCGUAGCAAAAGCGAACCCCGUCGACCCCUCGAGGAUGGCGGUGCGCGCGCACCCAACGCAGGAACAACACUCGUCGUGUCCUUCAUGUUCGUAA